GAGUCGUUUGCUGUAGUCCCAUUGGCGCAGGUGAUCUGUCUCGGGAUGAGAGAGGAGAAGGAGAAGGAGAAGAGGAGAAGAGAGGAGAGUGGCGGCGUGUCGCGGCGAGGGGAAGGGAAGAGAGGGAGGAAGGGGAACGCUCCGGUGGACAAGUGACCUGGGCUCGCUUUGAAUUCCAAAAGGACAGCCGCUGGAACGAACGCUCGACGAUGACAGCACAGCUUCACCGAAUGGGGGGGCCACUUUGAGAUAUGAUGUGCUUUCUUUCCGCUGGGGAAUAAUACUAUGAUUUGGUAUGUGGCCACUUUGAUAGCAAGUGUAUUCAGCACCCGAGGAACGGCCGCUCAAGGUGCCCACGGAGUGCGAGAGGAGCCCCAGUUUGUGACGGCACGUGCAGGCGAGAACAUCAUCCUGGGAUGCGAUGUGUCCCACCCUUUGAACGGCCAGCCCUACGUGGUGGAGUGGUUUAAGUAUGGAAUGCCCAUCCCCUUCUUCAUCAACUUUCGUUUUUAUCCUCCACACGUGGACCCAGAGUAUGCUGGCCGGGCCAGUCUAUACGGCAAAUCCUCCUUGCGGAUAGAAAAUGUUCGUUCGGACGACCAAGGCUGGUAUGAGUGUAAGGUGCUGAUGCUGGAGCAGCAAUAUGAUACUUUCUACAAUGGAAGUUGGGUGCAUCUAACUGUCAACGCCCCUCCCACAUUCACCGAUACGCCCCCUCAGUACGUUGAGGCCAAGGAGGGAGGAAGCAUCAUUUUGACCUGCAUCGCCUUUGGCAACCCCAAACCCUCGGUCAGCUGGUUGCGGGACAGCAACCUUCUGCUCACCGGUGCCAAGUAUAAGGUCUUUGAUGGAAGUUUGACAGUGCUGUCCAUCGGCCGAGAAGAUCGCGGUGCCUAUACGUGUCGAGCCUUUAGCCCCCAAGGAGAGGCCGUUCACACAACACGGCUGCUAGUUCAAGGCCCUCCGUUCAUUGUUUCGCCGCCAGACAACAUCACAGUGAACAUCUCGCAAGACGCCUUCUUCACCUGCCAGGCGGAGGCCUACCCCCGCAACUUGACCUACACCUGGUUCUGGGAGGAGGACAAUGUCUUUUUCAAGAACGACCUCAAGCGCAGAGUCAGCGUUCUGAUCGACGGCUCCCUUAUCAUUGCCCAAGUCAAGCCAGAGGAUGGCGGGAAAUACACUUGUGCUCCUAGCAACAGCCUUGGCCUACCGCCGACUGCCUCUGCGCACCUGACUGUGCAAUAUCCUGCCCGCGUUGUAAACAUGCCAUCCGUACUCUAUGUGGCCAUCGGUUUGCCGGGCUUUAUCCGAUGUCCUGUCGAUGCCAACCCGCCUGUAACGUUGGUGAAGUGGAAGAAAGACGGUCUCCCGCUCCGGAUAGACAAGUACCCUGGUUGGAGCCAAAUGGACGAUGGGAGCAUCCGUGUGGCAGAGGUGACGGAGGACUCUCUGGGCACCUAUACCUGCAUGCCUUACAAUGCCCUGGGUUCCAUGGGAUGGUCCCCACCUGCUCCCCUGGUGCUAAAGGACCCCCCCAAAUUCUCAGUGGUCCCUGGAGGGGAGUACAGACAGGAGGCUGGGAGGGAACUGGUUAUCCCAUGCGAGGCAGAAGGAGACCCUUUUCCCAAUAUAACAUGGAGGAAGGUGGGAAAGUCCAAUAAAAGCAAGCACAACGUUUUGCCGCGCGGCAGCUUACAGUUCAAGUCACUUUCAAAGGAGGACCACGGGGAAUGGGAAUGCGUCGCCACCAACGUUGCUACGAGCAUCACUGCCAGCACGCAUAUCCAAGUUAUAGGCACAAGCCCUCACGCCCCCACCGGAGUCCGUGCGGUGGCAUCCUCCACCUGGGCCAACGUCUCGUGGGAGGUGGGCUACGACGGAGGCUUCCAGCAGACAUUCUCAGUCUGGUACGGCCAUGUGCUAAAAAGGGAGCGUUUAGGUCCACAUGAUUGGCUCUCAGUAGCCGUGCCAGGCGGCCAAGAGUGGAUGGUGGUGCCUGGCUUGGAGCCCGAGACAACAUACCAGUGCAGCGUCCUCGCUCAAAACAAACUUGGCACGGGACCAUUCAGCGAGGUUGUCACUGUGACCACAUUAGUAUUUCCUCUAAGUACCCCUGGACCACUGGUGCUACUUACCCCACCACGGUGCCUCACAGCCAAUCGCACGCAGCAGGGAGUCCUGCUUACCUGGAUCCCGCCCGCCAAUCACACAGCACCGAUCCAGCAUUACGUGAUGGAGUUUCGCUUGGGGGAGCGAUGGGAGGUCCUGGAUGACAGCGUCCCCUCAGGCGACACGGAGAUGCUUGCUCGUGACCUCAUUCAGGAGGCCUGGUAUGAGUUUCGCGUCAUGGCCGUCAUGGACGACACAAUCAGUGAUCCUAGCAACAUCGUCGGUGUGUCCAGUACAGACUUCUUUCCACCGCCAGAGAUGGUUGAGGAAUCAGGUUUGGCGCGACCGGUUGUGGCUGGCAUCGUGGCGACCAUCUGCUUCUUGGCCGCAGCCAUCCUUUUCAGCACGAUGGCGGCCUGCUUUGUCAAUAAGCAGCGGAGACGCAAGCUCAAAAGGAAAAAAGAUCCACCUCUUUCUAUUACCCACUUAAGAAAAAGUAUGGCAACGCCGCAAUCUUCAGGAAAGGCCAGUCCGGAAAGCAUCGGCUCCAAGACCUCCCUGUCACAAUCGUCCCAGGAUAGUCCUGAGCAACACGGCAAGAAAGCCUCCCUAAGUCCAGCCAAGAAAGAGGACUUGUCUCUCUACAAGAAGACCAAAAGAGCAAUCGCGAGCAAGAGAUACACCAUCUCCAAGCAAGAAGCCGAAGCGACCACACCUAUCGAACUCAUCAGCCGUGGCCCCGAUGGGCGUUUUGUCAUCGAUCCGGCAGAUGGCGAGUUUUCCGUCAAGCCCCGGCGAAUCCAGGGUUUUCCUUUUGUGGAAGAAUCCGACCUCUACCCUGAAUUUCGACAGUCGGACGAGGAGAACGACGAUCUUCGGCCUCUUCCGCCAGUUAUGGCCCCUCUGCGGCCUCACCAGAUCUCGCCCAUCUCCGGUCACGAAUUCUACCUCCAGCCUCCGGCCUACAGUCCUCGUUUCCAGAGACCCUUUGAAGGUAUGACUAUGAUGGAGAGCGGUCGACUGCAGGCCGCAGGGCAGAUUCGCGGCUCUCUCCAUCACAGGGCUUUCUAUGGCUACCUGGGCUCCCACGGGGAUCACGAGCCUCCUCCUUUUUAUAUGACCGAUACCAGUCCCCUUAGCUCCGUCAUGUCCUCCCCUCCGUACCUGAGCGAAGGUCCCUUUGCUUACCCUCUGAUUCCAGAAGAAAUGGGGGAAGGCGAUUUCACACAAUAUGCCGUCUCUGGCUUCCCUUAUCCUCUGACUCUGGCUCCUUCCUCCCAUUCGCCGGAAUUUUGGCGGGGAAUGGAUUUGACCUUCUCCACGGUGGAGGGUCCCCAAUUCCUUUUCCCGCCACGCCACUCCACUGUCCAUCUCCAUCGCCACGAUUCUCCCUACCCCCCCCCAGCCCCUGUUCUUCCACUGAGUGCUUUCCACACCUCUUCUCUCCCAAUGCCCACCUACCCGUCCGUAUUGCCACUGGAAGCGCCGCAGAGCUACUCCAGCAAGUCUCCCAGCAAGGCCAAGCCUCGCGGCUCUCCGGCCAGGCGUUUGGCAGCCGCGCAAGAGGCUCAUUUCGCUCAGCUAAGACAGCGCGCGAGUCGCGGCGCGGCCGUUCCGGUUUUGCCUUACGCCGAUCCGACGGCCCGCACGGGCCCGAGCGCCCUCAGCAGCCUGGACACCCGCUGGUUUGAAUCCAGCCCUGGUUUCAGUCCCAGACAGGCUCGUAGGAUGGAUUCGGCCGCGCACCAGGUGGUUCUCCAGCCCUCUCGACUUUCCCCUCUCACCCAAAGCCCCUUGAGUUCUCACCAGGGAUCUCCCGAGAUGGUCGUCCGUCCCCGACCGCGGCCCAACAUCGUAGCCCCGGGGAUGUCUGGCAUUACCCUCCUCCCUCCUUCCGCAGCCACCUUCUCAAGGAGAUCUUCCCCUUCUUCCUCACCCGCACUAGGCCAGGGUAGCAGACGAUCCAGUCCCGGCUACCGUUCCCACAUGGCCUUUGCUUCGUCGGCGAGCAGCUAUCCGGCUUCGCAGUCGCCGUCACCGGCCGUGGAAAGGAGCAACGUCUUUGGCCAGGUGCCAUCUCACAGGAGAACUGAGGAGGAGAUCCUUCCGUCUGAGCCCUCUCCAUCCCAGUUGUCAGCUUCAGGAAAACGUCGAGGUGCGCCGAGUGUCCUUUCGGGGUCUGAGAGGAUGGAUGCUCUGAAAUACCAACGCAUUCGAAAGGCUAAGAAGGUGACCGUGAAUAACAAUAAUUCCAAGGCCAGGAGGAAAGCAGGUGUCUCCAGCUCUCAGACCCAGCAGGCUCCCAUCACUCAGGUACUUCAGCCCGAAGAAGCGCUCUACCUCCACAGGAAAAAGAAACGUCUCCGGAUUCACGAUCCGUACAAUCGCUUCUCUGCUCUGCUGUACCGCCGGCCCCUUCCAGAAGAUCAAAAGGCGAUUUUGGCUUGUAUGGACAACGUCGAACUAGACCAGGCCACCUUCCUCUGAAAAUAAGGUCGUAUCGAUGUUCCAUGACAAUAACAUUUACGCAUUUCGAUUGCUUAAACCGCCUCGACAUUGAACAGGACUCAGCUCAAUAUUUAUUGGACCCGGAUGACAAUCCCUCCAAAAUCGGAUUUAGAUUCUAAAUCUAAAUUGUGCUCUCUGAAAGCAAACCAUCUUCCUUCAAUGGUCACGUUGAGUAUGCUUCUCAAUGUGUUGAUCAAACCAGAAUGAUAGCCGCCGCAAUUUUUCGCCGGUGCAAAAAGUGAUGAGAAAAAUGUGCAAAAGUCAAACACAAGCUUGCGCUGCCCGGUGAGCAGGUUGGGACUUACGUACGUGUGGCUUCUAUUUCGCACAUCGUGUUAUUCAAGAAAGGUUCUCUGAUGAAUGCUUUCUCUGAAAUCAUGUGACAGCAGUCGGCAAAAGGUCAUAUGAUAUUGCGGCGGGACGAACAUGAAAACAAAAUAGAAGCAAAUGUAAAACUAUUGUUAAAGCACCUAUAGAUAUGGUUUUAUUUUCAAUCAUUUUAGAAACCAAAAUUUGAAGAAGAAAAAACCAAUUCAUCACUACACAAUAAAUGAAUUUAAAAUAGAAUCUUUUUUUUUUUUUUUUUUUUUUUUUUCAUGAUGAAAAGCAAAUUAACGAUUAAUUUGUACCUGGACCGUCAUUUAACACUUUGACUUAGUCAUUGGUUGCGGUCAAUAACAGUAGAUUGUAUGUUCAUAAUGAAGAUUAGAUGAAAGUUCCCUAGUUGAGGAAAAAAAAAAUCGACUUACCGCUGUCUCGUUUGUGUUAAUAAAACUAGAAAAUAGCUGUGAGGAUAUUGCUGAUGGGCAUAGCACUACGAACGCCGUUCUGUGUCGACAUCACAUUUGUCAAGCUUUUCAGAACCUUUCAGACGAGCGCAAGAACAACUCCAUUCUAAUCACACAAAAGUAUAUUUUGAAAAAUCCUCACGGUAGGUGCGGUGGGCUGUGAGCUUUCAAAGCGGUGGCUGAUUCCUUCAACUUGUACGUACAUUCAGUCACACCACUUGAAAGUCAAUCUCACUGGGGAUUUCAUCUCACCUGCUUUACGGGCUGUAGCUAUGCGCACGCACGCACAACAAGUAGACAACCUGGUGCUAACCCAUGCUGCACAUUGACAUACGGACUGGACUGGACUGGCUUAUGUAUUGUUGUCAAAUGCAUUUUCUCUUUAACCCAAGUACACUACCUACAAAUGGAAUGCAAUGUCAUUGUCCAACAUUUUUAUCAAGCUUCUUCCAGCAAAAUGGUGGUGGUGGUGGGGGGGGAUGAUGGCUACCCCACAAACAAAGAUCCUCCCUCAUCUUACACUGGCUGACACACUCUACAUCAGUCACAGAGAAGGAAAAGUAUUGAUGACGUGAAGUAUCACUUUUGUUCCAGUGUACAGAUGGAGAAGAAGAGAAAAAAAAAACACAUACUUUCCUUACAGUUUGUAUAUAACGUCUUAAAUAAGCAUACAUCUUUUUUCUUUUUGGGUAGAAGGAGGUACAGUAGAAUGCACAUGUUGAAAACUUGAGUGGGGGAUCUUAGCGUAGGUUCCGUUUUGUAACAAACCAAUGUCAAAAUGUGAGUAAAAGACAUUCUCCAAUAUAGCAAUUAGUUGAUUAUUAGGGAGCCAAGAAAUAGAAACUAUAUGAAUAUAAUCUACUACAUAUGGAUGUGUGGGGCCCAAAUGGCUCUCUAUAUAUUUGAGGACACUUGAUGUUUUAAAAGAAUGUACGAGUCUAUAUUUAUUUUUAUAUCCAUCUGUGCUUAUAUGGUAGCAGUGCAGUAGGGGAAAAAAACAACAAAAGAGAAUGGUGCACUCCAAUGGAUUUCACUGUACUGUAUACAAACACAGCAACCUAUUUUUAUAGCAACGUCUGCUCGCCAUGAAUAGUAAAUAGGAGUUGGACUGUG